AAAUGUUUUAACACCAAAAAGUAGCCAAAGACAAAGGAUAAAGACAUGGAAAAACUCUUGACUUAGAUAUAGUUUGGCUAUAAGAUAUCAUUGGUUAGUGAUUUAACAUAUAUAAUUCCGUAACUGAAAAAUUACAUACUAAAUAUUAAGAACUUGCUAAUUAUGGAGAAUAUUUUAAAUAUUAAUAAUAAAGUGUUGUUUUUUUGUCAUAUAAGUUUUAAUGAAAUAAGGUAAAUUUACAUCUUAUGUACUGUUAUUUGUCUUCAUUUUCAAUUACUAGUUAAUUUAUUCCACGGACAUACGCAUUACGUUAAUUCAUUGGAUAUAUCGUUCUAUUGUUUGCGAAGGUGUAAAGUUUGUUGAACAAAUGAACUCGCCCCGGAUGAUUAAGUCACAUCUACAUCACUUUUUGCUUCCUGUACAGCUACAGAAAGGAAAAGGCAGGAUUAUCUACAUCGGAAGAAAUCCAAAAGAUAUAGCAACAUCAUUCUUCAGACAGCUGAAAUGGACAGGAGUCCUAAAAGAAAGCGAUAACAAUUUUGAAAAGUUUGUUGAUGCAUUUGUCAGUGGGACUGGACCUUACUGCCCCUGGCCACGCCAUGUUUUGGAGUUCUGGGAAAGGCGGAAUAAUAAAAAUGUCCUAUUUCUAAAGUACGAGGAAGUUGUCCGUGAUAAACCAAAAGCUAUUAGACAGAUAGCUCAAUUUCUUGGCAGAACGCUGACAGACGAUGACGUCGCAAAAAUAUGUGACUACUGUUCUGUGGACAAGAUGAAAAAUAAUCCAAUGUGUAACAUGUCAUACUGGAGAGAUUAUAAGAAACUGUAUGAUUAUGCAGACGGGGGCUUUAUUAAUCAAGGAAAGGCGGGGGCAUGGAAAAGUUUAUUGACGCCAGAGAUUUCAAAGAAAAUUGAAAGACUUCUAGACGAAAUUGAAGGUUCUGGACUUACCUUUGAUGAAGAAUAGAUGACCAUUUCUGAAUGUGAACAUAAAUAUUCUUAUAGUUAUUCAUGUUCAUUUAGAUGCUUAGAUAUCGUGUGGUUAUUUGAUUCCAAAUGUAGGAGUGAUGUAAAAAUGGCAUAGUCUUUAUACAGAGAGCCAGCAUAUAACCUAGCUGAAUUGAAAGUUUAAUAUGUUCUGUUACAGAUGAAAGAAUGAAAUGGCAUAACAGCACUUAUGUAAAUAAAACAUCUAGAUAUAGAGGAAA